AUGCACUACUCACCCGUCCUCUCUCUGGCCAUCCUGGCCGGUGUGGCGGCCGCCAAGGUCUCAGGAUGUGGCAAGAAUAUUCCUCCCGCAUUCCCGUCUCCCGGUCAAAGCAGGAACUUGCAUCUCCCCAACACCGAUCGUGAAUACAAGCUUCACCUCCCAGCCAACUAUGACAAAAACAAGCCGACGGCGCUGUACUUCUCCUUCCAUGGGGCAACUCGUGACAUGAACGAGCAAGAAUCGCUCUCUCAGUUCUCGAAUCCCGAGUUCAACCCGGAUGGGAUUGCGAUCUACCCCAAUGGCAAGGAUGGCUACUGGCUGUCAAAUCCGAACGCGGACACCUCGCGUCCCAAUGACUUGGAUUUCAUCAAUGAUCUCCUCACCCACAUGGAGGAGAAGCUCUGCAUCGAUACCCGCCGGGUUUACGCCGCUGGCAAGUCCAACGGCGGAGGCUUCACCGGCGUGCUCGCCUGCAAUGCCACAGUGGGGAGCCGCUUCGCUGCCUUUGCCGCUGUGAGUGGUGCUUGGUAUGACACGGACGAUACCCCCGGCGUUGGUCCUUGUGCCCCCGCAGAGCGCGAGGAAGGUUAUCCUUUCUUGGAAUUUCACGGGACGGUUGACAAGACCGCGCCUAUUGACGGCAACAAUGCCGCUCAUCCUAAGCUGCCCGUCAUCAAUAUCCUCGAGGGCUGGGCGGAACGAAAUGGAUGUUGCGCGAACGUCAGCUGGGCCAGGAACGAGACGGUCUUUGAGAAUCCCUUGGUGAAACACGUCAGCUGGGAUUGUGAUGGAAAGACCGGCAUCGUGCAGCACUAUCGUGAAGGGGAGAAUGGUCACUGUUGGCCCUCGACAGUCAGCAACGAUGACUAUGUGAACCAAGGGGCUCGCUGUCCGUUGGGCAAGUACGUCUUUAACGCGACGGAGUAUAUCUUUGAUUUCUUUGAUCAGUACCAGCUGAACUGA